AUGAGUGUUCGAUUGUUCGAUAAUCGCAAAUUAUACUCUUCAUUGAGGAUAACACGAUUUUGUGAUCUGCCAAAUAAAGGAUUUUUUCAUUCGGUAUCGCAUUUCAAAAAGUUUUCAUUUACUCCAUUAAGACCCUCUUCAAAGUUGUUUUGUACCUCCUUCGCGUGCCUUCGUGCGGAAACAGCGAUAGACAAAAAGGUCUUUCCGUUUGCUCUUAAAACCCGUGCGAAUUCCUACACUCCAUUCAGCCGUGCAAACACGGUCCGACUUUUUAAUAACAAACCGUAUACGCCUUUGACAUCAAACGAUGGCUUAAAAAAGGUGAUAGCAUUAGGUGGGGCUGUCUAUUCUUUUUGGAAUCUCGAAUCGAACGUUGUGAUAAAUGGAAUAAUCGCUUUUGCCGCCUACAAGUUAAUAAAGUCAACUUUAGAUUUCAUUUGGCCACCACGUAAUGUAUACACCGCAGCAAAAUAUAAUCCAAUAUUUCUUGUGAGUAAAUAUUGGCCGCUAAAUUUACCAUUCACGCAAAACGCGGUCAAUAGAUUGCACGCAUCAUCUGUUAAACAGAUUCAAAUGGCAUAUGACAGUAAUUAUGAUGAUCUUCGAAAUCAUUAUGGAGGUUCGUCCUCAUCAUCAAUUAUGUUUUCGCCACCUCACUUGGUAUCUUCGCAAACAUUGGGAUUUGGAACCAUUGGAACUUUUAGAAAACAAGAUUCUGUGAAAAUUGAGUAUUGGACAACAGGGAGAAAUGGUAAAAGAGCACUUGUCAGAGUGAAAGGAAGUUUGGGUCGCGGUGACAUAGAUGAGAUUAGUAUAUAUUGGUUAGAUACAAGAGGAUGGCUCGAUAUACCGCUGGGAGAAUCUGAAGACUCCCAACAAUACGAAACGUCGAAACCACCAGACAUCCUCGAGGCUGAGUACCGAGAUAUAAAAAAAAACAAAUAA